AUGAAUUCUCAAAAAAAUGAAUUCAUACCUAUUGACAAAUUACUUGAGAAUCUUGAAAAUCUUAAAAAUGAAUCUUUAGAACCUCUAGCUGUAUUAUUAGCUUGUGGUUCUUAUAAUCCUAUACACAAAUUUCAUGUAGAAAUUUUUAAAAUUACAAAAACUUACUUAGAAAAAGAAAAAAUUUGUAAAGUAGUAAUAGGAUAUAUUUCACCUUCACCACAAUUAUAUCUUGAUGAAAAAUACCCUAAAGAAGCAAUUCCAUUAAAACAUAGAAUAGAAAUGAUCAAAUUAGCAAUAAAAGAAUCAUCUGAAUCAUCCUGGCUUGAUUAUACUGCAUGGGAAUCUUCUUCACCAAAAAACAUUAAAGCUAUUGUUGAUUAUCAUGAAAUUAUUAAAAAUUUAUCUGAAUUUUUAAAUAAAAAUGUUAAACAAGAAUUAAAAGGAAGAAAACUAGAAGUAAUUUACUUGUGUGGAUUGGAUGAAAUUUUAAAAACAGAAAGAAAUGGAUUAAAUGAUCUAGAAGAUUAUAAAAUAGCAAUUGUUGAAAGACAUCUCAAAGAUUCAAGAACAACUUCGACAUCAAUGUUAUGUAAAACUACUGGUUUUAUCAUUACAUAUUGUAAAAGCGAAGAUAAUUCUGGGACUAAGGUGUGUAUUCGAUUUGCCGAUUAUUCUGCUAUUUGGAAGCUCAUAAUAGUUAUUUAUACUUCUUAUUAUUGA